AUGUCCAAAGACUUCACGGUAUAUGUUGUGGACUUAUCUCCGUACAUGGGCCGAGAAUCGAAGGACGGCGGCGGCCGUCUAACGGUGUUGGAGACGGGGCUAAAGGCAGUGUAUGAUAACUUGAAUGGUCGAAUGAUCAAGUUCAGAGCUAGCGACAGGAUAGCCUUUGUGCUUUGUCAUUCAACUAAAACAGACAAUGACCAUGCGACUGAAAGCUCGUUAAGGAACAUUGAGGUUAUAGGAGCCAAUGCUGCGUUCACCUACUCUGAAUAUGAGGCUAUUCAUAGUAAGUUGGUUGUAAACUCCAAUGAGAGAGUUGAAACUGAAGGCUCAAUAGGGGAAGCAGUGGUUGUGGCCAUUGGCUUAUUCAAAGCCACUGAAAAGUUGAAAUAUAAUCGUAAUUUGGUGGUAAUAACCAGUUCCGAUGCGGCAGUGGAUGUUGAACUGCCGCUAGUUGAAGCAUCAUCCAAUGCCAUCAAGAAACUCGAUAUUUCCCUCGUAAUAAAUAUGGUUGAAGCGGCUGAGUCCGCUUCCAGAUCUGCCGAAUGGCUUGAGUAUGCCUCUAAAUUAGGCGGACAACUUGUUGAUGCCGCGCUGGCUAAUAGUCGUCUACAACAUGCACCAUUGCUGAGAAAGGUUAAGCCAAUUGCCAUGUACCAAGGUCCCAUGAAGUUUGGACCAGAUCCAAAUCUUGAUAGUGCUGAUCCUCAGAAUGACGAUCAAUUCACCUUAUCAUUUGAUGUAUGUGUAUAUCCAGCCGCAAAGAUUGAAAGCAUGCCCAGCUUAACACUGUAUUAUGUUGACAAGGACACAGGCUUAACGGAGAAGGUUAAGUACCAAACGUCGUACCAUAUACGAAAGUAUCAUGAAAAGGAAGUCACAAACGCCACAGAAGCUAACGACUACGAGGAAGAUGAACAACAAGCUCCACCGAAGCUAGUUGAUGAAGAAGAAGAUGACGCCUUUGAAAGACCAUACACCACCAUCCCAGUAGCAAAGGGAGAUUGGGAAGAAGGAUUCAAAUACUCAACUUAUGAUUUCAUUGCUAUCACUAAACCUUUAUUGGAAUCAGCUACUUAUUCAACAGACCCUGGGAUAUCCAUCUGCGCGUUCAUUCACCAAUCUAAAGUUCCCUAUGGGAUGUUGACGGAGGCCUCCAACUACGUGAUACCUUCACGACCCUCCAAAGUGUUUUGCUCUUUGGUGGAAGCUCUAAUGCAAGAGGAAAAGGUUGCCGUGGCUCAGUUCGUGCCUAAAAGUGACGAUGAAAAGCAAUUGACAGUCUUGUUCCCCGUUAAACUUCAAACAGGCCCUACUAGUGUAGUAUACGGCUUCAUCCAAGUACGUCUUCCGUUUCGGGAGGACGCAAAAAUGGGCCGUUUCCCCAGUCUAACCAGGGCAUAUAAAACACUGGGUACAGCUGAUGGUGAAGACAAUCCUAUGGCGAAAUUUUUACCCAAUGAGGAAGAGCUUGACUUGAUGAAGAGAUUUAUUACUAGCAAAGAUUUGGAUACCAAGCACAACAAGGUGGAAUCCAUAAACAAUGUAGGCAAUUCUAAAUUGACCAUGAAGGAUACCGAGUUUUUCCCGUUCCCGAAGGAUGAUGAUGACAGAGUCAAUCAGAGAACGUUCCUUCAAUCGUCUCCUGCCUUAGCAAAGUAUACGGCAUGUCUCAAGAGAAUCAUUGGAAAGUCAUUUGGAAAGGAUUACCAUGAACUUGUGAAUGAUAAAGAGUUCAUUUCAAAGUACCUACUGAAUGACAAGGGAACCAACUUAUAUACUAUAAAUACCAUCAAUGGGGUCAAUAACAACAGAUCUCUGGAUCAGCUCUCUGCUAAGCUUAUAGAGGAGCUUAACGUUGAGUACGUCAAGAAAGUGACUUCCGACGGAAGCAAAAGACGUCGUGGUGAUAACAUCAAUGCGACCUAUAACAAUAUGGUGAAACUUGAUGAAGGAAACUUUGAAGAGAUCUUGGACUUGGAAGACUUAUUACGGUGA